AUGCAAAUGGCAGUGCAAACGGCAGUGGCUGGAAGGCGCCAUUUCCCCUGCAUCGUCCCUAAAUGCUUUCAUCAUCUCCUGGCUUCCAGCUCAUCGCAGAGGCCAGGGGACACCUCUAUUUUGCGACUCCGACCGUCACUCCAGCCUGCAGGGUUAUUGUCCCCUGACCUCUGCGACUAUGCGAGGAAGCCAGUGGACAGAGUAGCAUUCAGCGACGGUGCAGCCUGUGCAAAGGCUUCACCGCCACCUGCUGCCAUCCCGGGACCAUCCAUGCGAAUGGUCCCGCUUGGAGGACAAACUUCACACAGCCCCAUGUACUUCUUCCUGGCCAACCUCUCUAUGGUAGACAUUGGGUAUACAACAGCCAUUGUCCCCAAGAUGCUGAUGAAUUACCUCUCCCAGGAAAAAUCUAUCUCUCUAUCUGGUUGCUUAUCCCAACUGUUCUUCUUGGAGUGUCAUAGCUGUGAUGACCGAUAUGUUGCCAUUUGCCAUCCUUUGCAUUACAGCGUGUUCAUGAGCUGCAAAGUCUGUGCCUCUUUAGCAGCCACUGCUUGGAUUCUGGGCUUGGCUAAUUCAGGUGUACACACUGGCCUGAUGUCCCGUUUGUCUUUUUGUCAGGACAAUGUCAUCCAUCACUCUUUCUGUGACGUUCCACCUCUCUUGCAGCUUUCUUGCUCCAACACUCAAAUCAAUCAGAUUGUUGUCUUUGCGGUGGGUGGAAAUGUGGUCAUUGGUUCCUUUGUAUUGUUGACGCUAGUGUCUUAUGUCUAUAUAGUGGCAUCCAUCCUCAGGAUCAUUACACAGGAGCGCCUCAAAGCCUUCUCCACCUGUGCUUCUCACCUGACUGUUGUCAACAUAUUUUAUGUCCUGCCAUCUUUACCUACUUUCUCCAGCUCUCCUUCCUCUUCUAAAAGAGAAUCAGGCCCUUUCUGUAUGUAUGGGAUCAUUGCACCUAUGUUUAAUCCAAUAGUAUACAGCUUGAGGAACAGGAUGUUGCUAAAUGCCCUUCAAAAAAGUAAUAGGUAA